UGACUGGCGACCAGUUGAGGGUGUACCCCGCCUCUUCUCCGUUGACAGCUGGGAUAAGCUCCAGCACUCCCCGCGACCCUUGUGAGGAUAACCGGCAAAGAAAAUGGAUGGAUGGUUCAGAACUAAGCAACAGCGAUGCUAUUCCAUUGCCUGUCUAUGAAUUGUUCUAUCUUCCAACCUGUUAUUGAAUUUAAUAAUUCAGCGCACGACAGCCAUGCAGGCUCAGGAAGUCCUGAGACAGCUGCGGCUUCCGGAACUGGACGACCUGCGCCAGUACAUCCGCGGCCUUCCCACCAACACGCUGCUGGGCAUGGGCGCCAUCGCCGCCUUCGCCACCUACUGGUUCUCCACCAGGCCCCGAGCCCUCGAGCCGCUCUGCGACCUCACCAUGCAGUCCGUGGAAAUGCUAAGCGAAGAAGGCGCAAGAAGGUCAACGCUCAACAAGAGCGAUGAACACAUGACGUACUACUACAGCGACGCAAAGACGAUAUACGACGCGUUCCUACGAGGGCUCAGAGUGUCAAAGAACGGACCUUGUUUAGGCGCGAGAAAACCAAACCAGCCUUACGAGUGGCAGUCUUACAGAGAGGUUGCAGACCGGGCCGAGAACGUGGGUUCUGCCUUGCUCCACAAGGGUCACUCUCAGUCAGGAGACAAGUUCAUUGGGAUCUUCGCCCAGAACAGACCAGAGUGGACCAUUUCCGAGCUGGCUUGCUACACGUACUCGCUCGUAGCCGUUCCGCUGUACGACACGCUCGGCGCAGAGGCCAUCAGCUACAUCAUCGAUAAAGCCACCAUGAGCACGGUAAUCUGCGACGUCCCCGAAAAAGCCGCAAUGAUUCUCGACUGUUUCGCCGAGAGACGGCGGUCGGUGAAGACGAUCGUGGUGAUGGAGACGUUCGAUGGCGAGCUGGUCACCCGAGGACGGACGUGCGGAGUCGACAUUUUAAGCCUGAAGGAGUUUGAGGGCUUGGGUAAAGCAAACUACCAGGACCCCAAGCCACCAAAACCGGAGGACCUUGCGCUAAUCUGUUUCACAUCUGGAACCACAGGAAACCCCAAGGGUGCAAUUCUCACCCACAGAAAUAUCAUCUCAAACACUGCAGCUUUUCUCAAAAUAACAGAGGUGCACUGCAUGCUGGACUGCCGUGACAUUCUGAUAUCGUAUCUGCCACUAGCUCACAUGUUUGAGAGGGUUAUGCAGGGCGUCGUCCUCAUCCAAGGCGCUCGCAUCGGAUUCUUCCAAGGCGACAUCCGGCUCCUGAUGGACGACCUGAAAGAACUGCGCCCGACGUUCUUCCCUGUGGUGCCACGUCUGCUCAACCGCAUGUUCGACAAGAUAUUUAGCCAAGCCAACACACCGCUAAAAAGAUGGAUGCUUGAGUUGGCUUUCCGGAGGAAGCAGUCGGAGCUGAAUUGUGGCGUGGUCCGCAGGGACAGCAUAUGGGAUAAGCUCAUCUUCAGAAAAGUACAGGCGAGUCUGGGCGGCCGCGUCCGGCUGAUGCUCACAGGGGCCGCCCCCGUGUCGCCCCCCGUGCUCACCUUCCUGCGGGUCGCGCUGGGCUGUCAGUUUUACGAAGGCUACGGCCAGACCGAAUGCACAGCGGGAUGCUCCAUGUCGAUGCCUGGCGACUGGACAGCGGGUCACGUCGGACCUCCUCUACCCUGCAACGCCAUCAAACUGGUGGAUGUGGUAGACAUGAACUACCUGGCAGCCAACAACGAAGGAGAGGUUUGCGUCAAAGGACCAAAUGUGUUCCUGGGAUAUCUGGGAGACGCCGAGAACACGGCGGAGGCCAUCGACAAAGACGGAUGGCUGCACACGGGAGACGUGGGGAAAUGGCUUCCGAACGGCACUCUGAAGAUCAUUGACAGGAAGAAGCACAUCUUCAAGCUGGCGCAAGGAGAAUACAUCGCCCCGGAGAAAAUCGAGAACGUUUACAGCCGCAGCGACCCGGUGGCCCAGAUAUUCGUGCACGGCGACAGCUUGCAGGCGUGCCUGGUGGGGAUCGUGGUGCCCGAUCCUGACUUUUUACCCAUUUGGAUCAAGAGACGAGGCAUCACCGGGUCUUACUUGGACUUGUGCAAGAGCAAAGAUGUUAAGGACGCCAUUUUGGAGGACCUUCAGAGGCUGGGCAAAGAAGCCGGACUCAAGUCUUUUGAACAGGUGAGAGACGUCGCGUUGCAUCCGGAAAUGUUCUCCGUGCAGAACGGCUUGCUGACCCCAACGCUGAAGGCCAAGCGGGCACAACUUCGGAGUCACUUUAGGGGGCAGAUCGAUGAACUUUAUGCCGGCGUUAAGGGCUAAGCGAGGGUCACGGAAA